UCAUUUGUUAUUGAAGACACUGAAGACCUAUGUCAUCUUUUCUAUUUAUUAUACCUGAAAUCCAGUUGCCAGUCCUAUAUAGGGACUCUGAUUGCUCCUCAGUGGGUGAUAACGGCAGCACACUGCUUCUUACCAGAUCUCCAGGUCAUCUUAACUGGUGGAGCCAACAGUUUUCAAGACUUUAUUGGGGAGAUUCUGCCUUAUGAGAAGAUCAUCAUUCACCCAAACUUCACUGUCACUUCUCCUAAAAAUGAUCUUAUGCUGAUAAAGUUGCCUAUACCCCUCACCUUCUUCUCCACCAGCAUUUUUCAGUUGCCUAGUGCCAAGAUAAAGGAAUUUCCAGAUUGCUUGAUUUACACCUGGGUAGAGAAUAAAGAAUCUGUUGGAAAUCCAGGCAGUAACCUGCACAGCAUUAUGAAUGAAUUGAACACUGAUUCAAUCUGCAAAGCUUUACUGGGUGAAAAGUUCCUUGAAGACAUGUUCUGUAUGGGAUGCAUAGGAAUAAGCAGAGAUAAAUGCCAGAUGGCAAGAAAGAAGUUGAAAAAGUUCACUACUUUGGAGCUUAUGCUCAGUGUUCUUCUGCUUGUGGUGUUUAUCAUCACUAUUCCUCUCUUCGUGCUUUCAGCCAGAGAUUCUUUGGAAUCAGAAGGUCCUGGGAUGACAGUUACUCCAGAUCCUGGGAAAAGUACCACUCCUGGUUCUGCGGAGUGCCCAGUGGUAAAUGAAUUGGAACGGAUAAACUGCAUCCCUGACCAGUCACCAACAAAGGCCACAUGUGACCAGCGUGGGUGCUGCUGGAAACCUCAGGGAACCAUAAGUGUGCCCUGGUGCUACUAUUCUAAGAGUCAUGGCUAUCAAGUGGAGGGCAACCUUGUGAACACAAAUGCAGGAUUCAUAGCCCAGUUGAAAAGGUUGCCUUCUCCAUCUCUUUUUGGAAAUGAUGUCGACAAUGUCCUUCUCACAGCGGAAUACCAGACGUCUAACCGUUUCCACUUUAAGUUAACUGACCAAAACCAGGACAGAUACGAAGUGCCCCAUGAACAUGUGAAACCCUUCAAAGGAAAUGCUGCUUCUUCCUUGACCUAUAAAGUUGAGAUCUCCAAACAGCCAUUUAGCAUCAAAGUGAUCAGAACGAGCAACAAUCAUGUUCUGUUUGACUCCAGCAUCGGGCCCCUGCUGUUUGCUGAUCAGUUCCUGCAGCUCUCCAUCCGACUGCCUAGUGCUAACGUGUAUGGUCUGGGAGAACACGUGCACCAGCAGUACCGGCACGAUAUGAAUUGGAAGACCUGGCCCAUAUUUGCCAGGGACACAAUCCCAAAAGGGGAUGGAACUAACUUGUAUGGUGCACAGACAUUCUUCCUAUGCCUUGAAGAUGCUAGUGGAUUGUCCUUUGGAGUGUUUCUGAUGAACAGCAAUGCCAUGGAGGUUUCCCUCCAGCCCACCCCAGCUGUCACUUACCGCACCACUGGGGGCAUUCUCGACUUCUACGUGUUCUUGGGAAACACUCCAGAGCAAGUGGUUCAAGAGUAUCAAGAGCUCAUUGGACGGCCAGCCCUACCCUCAUACUGGGCACUUGGGUUUCAUCUCAGUCGUUAUGACUAUGGAACCCUGGGUAACAUGAAAGAAGUCAUGGAGAGAAACCGUGCCGCACAGCUGCCUUACGACGUUCAGCAUGCUGAUAUUGAUUAUAUGCAUGAGAGGAAGGACUUCACUUAUGAUCCAGUAAAUUUUAAGGGCUUCCCUGAGUUUGUUAAAGAGUUACACAGUAACGGACAAAAAUUGGUCAUCAUUGUGGAUCCAGCCAUCUCCAACAACUCUUCCCCAAGUAACCCCUAUGGCCCGUAUGACAGGGGUUCAGAUAUGAAGAUAUGGGUGAAUGCUUCAGAUGGAGUGACUCCACUCAUUGGGGAGGUCUGGCCUGGAAAAACUGUGUUUCCUGAUUACACCGACCCCAAGUGUACUGCUUGGUGGGCAAAUGAAUGUGAGCUUUUCCACAAUCAAGUAGAAUUUGAUGGAAUCUGGAUUGAUAUGAAUGAAGUCUCCAACUUCGUGGAUGGUUCAGUUUCAGGAUGUUCCACAAGCAAUCUAAAUUAUCCCCCAUUCACUCCCAGAAUCCUGGAUGGGUACCUGUUCUGCAAGAGUCUCUGCAUGGAUGCAGUACAGCACUGGGGCAAGCAGUACGAUGUCCACAAUCUGUAUGGCUACUCCAUGGCAAUUGCCACAGCAGAAGCUGUCAAGACUGUGUUCCCUAACAAGAGAAGCUUCAUUUUAACCCGUUCUACCUUUGCGGGGUCUGGCAAGUUUGCAGCCCACUGGUUAGGAGACAACGCAGCCACCUGGAAUGACCUUCGGUGGUCCAUCCCUGGCAUGCUCGAGUUCAACCUUUUUGGUAUCCCAAUGGUGGGUUCUGAUAUAUGUGGCUUUACAUUGGAUGCUCCCGAAGAGCUCUGCAGGAGGUGGAUGCAGCUGGGAGCAUUCUAUCCAUUUUCCAGGAAUCACAAUGGCCAAGGCUACAAGGCCCAGGAUCCUGCCUCCUUUGGAGCUGACUCUCUGCUGUUGAAUUCCUCCAGGCACUACCUUACCAUCCGCUAUGCUCUAUUGCCCUAUCUCUACACCCUCUUCUACCGUGCUCACAGCCAGGGGGACACGGUGGCCAGGCCCCUUCUACAUGAGUUCUACGAGGACAGCAACACUUGGGAUGUGCACCAACAGUUUUUAUGGGGGCCCGGCCUCCUCAUCACUCCGGUUCUGGCUGAGGGUGCAGAGAGAGUGACAGCAUAUGUGCCUGAUGCCGUCUGGUAUGACUAUGAGACUGGGGGCCGAGUGAAAUGGAGGAAGCAAAAAGUGGAGAUGGAACUUCCUGGAGACAAAAUUGGACUUCACCUUCGAGGGGGCUACAUCUUCCCCACACAGCAGCCAGCCACAACCACUGUGGCCAGUCGAAGGAACCCUCUUGGUCUUAUCAUUGCCCUGGAUGACAACAAAGAAGCAAAAGGCGAACUUUUCUGGGAUGAUGGGGAAACGAAAGAUACUGCGGCCAAUAAAGUUUACCUCUUUUGCGAGUUCUCCGUCACCCAAAACCGCUUGGAUGUGAAGAUUUUGCAAUCAACCUACACAGACCCCAAUAGUUUAGCAUUUAAAGAGAUUAAAAUCCUUGGGACCCAGGAACCUACCAGUGUUACAGUGAAACACAAUGGUGUCGAAAUUCAAGUUUCUCCUAAUGUCACUUAUGAUUCUAACCUCCAGGUGGCCCUUAUCACAGAAAUUGAUCUUGUCCUGGGAGGAAUAUACACAGUGGAGUGGGAUGUGAAGAUAAGGGAUGCAGAAAAAAUAGACUGUUAUCCUGAUGAGAACGGUGCUUCUGCAGAAAACUGUACUGCCCGGGGCUGUGUCUGGGAGGUAUCCGGUUCUCCUGGAGUCCCUUUUUGCUAUUUUGUCAAUGAUCUGUACUCUGUCAGCGACGUUCAGUAUGACUUACACGGGGCCACAGCUGUCCUCUCCUUAAAGUCUGCUCCGUAUGCCUACUCUUUGCCCUCCGUACCCGUGAACUCCCUCCGUCUGAAUGUGACCUACCAUAAGGAUAACAUGCUGCAGUUUAAGAUUUAUGAUCCCAACAACAACCGGUAUGAAGUUCCAGUCCCUCUCAACAUACCCAGGGUUCCAUCCAGCACCUCUGAGAGUCGACUCUAUGAUGUCCUCAUUAAGAAGAAUCCUUUUGGGAUUGAAAUUCGCCGGAAGAGUACAGGCACUGUAAUUUGGGACUCUCAGCUCCUUGGCUUCACCUUCAACGACAUGUUCAUCCGCAUCUCCACGCGCCUCCCCUCCCAGUACCUCUAUGGCUUUGGGGAAACUGAGCACACAGCCUUUCGAAGAGACUUGAACUGGAACACGUGGGGAAUGUUUUCCCGAGACCAGCCCCCGGGGUACAAGAAGAAUUCCUAUGGUGUCCACCCAUACUACAUGGCACUGGAGGAGGAUGGCAAUGCCCAUGGGGUGCUCCUGCUAAACAGCAACGCCAUGGAUGUGACAUUCCAGCCCUUGCCUGCCUUGACAUACCGUACCACAGGAGGAAUUCUGGACUUCUAUGUCUUCUUGGGGCCAACUCCAGAGCUUGUCACUCAGCAGUACACUGAGUUGAUUGGUCGGCCAGUGAUGGUUCCUUACUGGUCCUUGGGGUUUCAGCUGUGUCGCUAUGGAUACAAGAACGACGCUGAGAUUGGUAGCUUGUAUGAUGAGAUGGUGGCUGUCCAGAUCCCCUAUGACGUGCAGUACGCGGACAUCGACUACCUGGAGCGGCAGCUGGACUUCACCCUCAGCCCCAAGUUUGAGGGGCUUCCAGCUCUGAUUGCUCGAAUGAAGGCCGACGGGAUGCGGGUCAUCCUCAUUCUGGACCCAGCCAUUUCUGGCAACGAGACAAAGCCCUAUCCCCCUUUCACGCGGGGUGUGGAGGACGACGUCUUCAUCAAAGAUCCGAAUGAUGGAAGCAUUGUCUGGGGAAAGGUCUGGCCUGAUUUUCCUGAUAUUGUUAUCAACAGUUCUCUAGACUGGGAAAGUCAAGUGGAGCAAUACCGAGCUUAUGUGGCCUUCCCAGACUUUUUCCGUAAUUCAACCAUCACAUGGUGGAAAAGGGAGUUGAGAGAAAUGUACACCAAUCCACGGGAUCCAGAGAAGAGCUUGAAGUUUGAUGGCCUGUGGAUUGAUAUGAAUGAACCGGCGAGCUUCGUGAGUGGGGCAGUCCCUCCAGGCUGCAAGGAUGCCUAUCUGAACCACCCUCCCUACAUGCCAUAUUUGGAGUCCAGGGACAGGGGCCUGAGCAGCAAGACCCUGUGCAUGGAGAGCCAGCAGCUCCUGCCUGAUGGCUCCCCGGUGCGGCACUACGACGUGCACAGCCUGUACGGAUGGGCUCAGACCAGACCCACAUACGAAGCUGUGCAGGAGGUGACGGGGCAGCGAGGGAUCGUCAUCACUCGCUCCACUUUCCCCUCUUCUGGCCGCUGGGGAGGACACUGGCUGGGUGACAACACGGCCGCGUGGGACCAGCUGAAGAAAUCUAUCAUUGGCAUGAUGGAGUUUAGCCUCUUUGGCAUAUCCUUUACAGGAGCAGAUAUUUGUGGAUUCUUUCAAGAUGCUGAAUAUGAAAUGUGUGCUCGCUGGAUGCAGCUGGGGGCCUUUUACCCCUUCUCGAGGAACCACAACAGCAUUGGGGCCAGGAGGCAAGACCCUGUGUCCUGGGAUUCUACCUUUGUGACUAUCUCCAGAAGUGUCCUGCAGACCAGAUACGCCCUGUUGCCAUAUCUGUACACCCUGAUGCACAGGGCCAACACGGAGGGCAGCACUGUCGUGCGGCCUCUUCUCCAUGAGUUUGUGUCAGACCAGGUGACCUGGGAUGUAGACAGUCAGUUCCUUCUGGGCCCAGCCUUCCUGGUCAGCCCUGUCCUGGAGCCUAACGCCAGAAAUGUCACUGCAUAUUUCCCUAGAGCCCGCUGGUAUGAUUACUACACGGGUGUGGACAUUCAAGCCCGGGGAGAGUGGAAGUCCUUGCCAGCGCCUCUUGACCAUAUUAAUCUUCAUGUCCGUGGGGGCUACAUCCUGCCCUGGCAAGAGCCUGCGCAGAACACCCACUUAAGCCGUCAGAAAUUCACAGGCUUCAAGGUUGCCUUGGAUGAUGAGGGGACUGCUGAAGGUUGGCUCUUCUGGGAUGAUGGGCAAAGCAUUGAUACCUAUGGGAAAGGACUCUACUACCUGGCCCACUUUUCUGUCAGCCAGAAUACGAUGCACAGUCAUGUAAUUUUCAACAAAUACAUCAGCGAUACAAACCCUUUGAAACUGGGCUACAUUGAGAUCUGGGGAGUGGGCAGUGUCUCCGUUUCCAGUGUCAGCAUCUCUGUGAGCGGCGUGGUUAUAACACCCACCUUCUCCUACAACUCUACAACACAGGUGUUAAACAUUGAUGUGACCAGCAGAAACCUCAGCUUACAUAAUUUCACUUCAUUGACAUGGAGAGCACUGUGAAUUUUUAGAGCAAGAUCCUAACUACGAAUGGCUUUAAUACUACUUAUACUUCAUGCUCAUAAAAUUAUUGUGUGUUGCCAAUCGGUUCAUGCCCAGUACAGCUAAAAUAUUUUCUUGGUUUUGUUUUAUGUUCUGUCUGUGUUUUAGCCCUGUGCUAUAGGCAGUAGGGAGGUGUGGAAAACUGUGGGUUACCUUGAUGUCUCUCUGUGAUUAGUAUGGUACUGAUGGCUAAUCAUACAUAUACUGAAGACGCACUGGGUCCAUGAUGAAGCAUGUGUGCGUGUAUAUGUGUGUGUGAUUAGGGGAUGGGCCCACUCUUGCUAAAUAUACAAGCUACAGCUUUCCAGGAUAGUUCGGAUCCUAGAGCUAACUAGCGCCUCAAGAAAGUAUCCAGAAAGAACAUCUGCCAGAUAGUUAUAGGGAGAUGGGAUAAUUUGCUGAGAGCAUGAUAUAAGGGGAAGAAAAGGCAAACGCAGGGAAGGUAAGCAGGAAAGAUGAGAGAGAACAGAUGAUGAGGAUAAAAGUGACCAUGACAAGUAAGAAGAUAACAUACAAAUAUUAGGAAUAGUAGCCUCAUGGGAAGGAAAAAGGAAGAGCUAGCUCAUUUGAAAACAAGAGGAGGGGCUAGGGGAAAUCCUUAGCCUAUGGGAAUAGGGCUGGGGUGAGAUUUAAGCAGGCAAAGUUGAAGGAAGGAAUUUGAAUGUAAAAAAUAACUUAUUUUUGCUGUGGUGUGCUUUGAAAUGUGUAAAUCUUAUUUCUCUGCUCUGUGCCUAAUGUAUAUAACCACAGUUCACACAAAUGCAUGCAACUCAUGUGCCAACUAAAAAUAGGCAAGCAGAUUUACGAAAGGUUUUGAAUUUUGUGGUAAUUUGACUGUGGGUAAUCUCACUUAGGCAUUAAAACUUCUUUUUAUUCAGCAAACUCUUGUGAAUUGGUCUUGUUCUCUUCAGAAUCAGAGUUCCUGCAGGCUAAUCCACCAAACAAAUGAUCAGAUUUAUGGUUAUUCACCCUUUUUCUUAUGCCUCUGGCAUGGGUUUUUCUUAGAUUUAGGUUUGUGGGAGAGUGUGCUUGGAUGUUUGUUGUUUUUUUAAUCAUCAUAGAAGUUACUAUACUUGGUAACGUAACUCUGGCAAAAACAGAAUUUGCAACAUUAUUGGUUAAAACACUAGAUGGUUAGAUUUUGGGAUAAAGAAAUUAUAUACUAAUGUUCAACAGGGAUAUUUACUUUUAGUAUUACUUGAAAAUGAGUGUAUUAGAGAUGAAUGUGUUUACUUUCCUACGUCUUUUUCUA